AUGUUUUCGUUAGCUCGAUUUAGCUCAAAUUGUAUCGUAAAAUCGCCUUCAAUUAUGCGAAUGGUAUCAACGAGUACUGUAGAUUUAAAGGGACAUUCGAAAUGGCAAAAUAUUAAGGCGACAAAGGGAAAAAAUGAUAUGAUUAAAUCGAAAGCCACCAAUUUUUUGUUGAAAAAGGUGGGUUAAUUAGGAAUAAUACAUUUUUAAAUUUAAAUUUAAAUUUCAGUACUAAAGAGAACUCUUUACAUUAUUAAAGAUUUUUCCUAUAUAUCUCAAGCCUGAAAUUUAACCUAAAUUCAAUUUUUCAAGGUUCGCGGAGCUGUUAGCCGCGGUGGUUUCGAUUUGAAAUUGAAUCGAGAAUUGGCUGGACUGGAAAAUGACUUCAGAGCACAGGGAUUGCCAUUGGAUACCUUCAAGAAUUUUUUGCAGAAAUUGAAGGUGAGCUGAAACGUGGCAAUUCCCCAAACUCUUUUUUCUCACACAGGACAAACCAGAAAUCGAAUAUCAUUUCGAUAUCAUUGGCCCGGCUGGCACAUUUUUCAUCGUUCAAGCUGAGACAUCGAACAAAAAAGCGUUUGAAAAUGAUUUGCGAAAAUAUUUCAAUAAACUUGGCGGUUUUCGAUUGGCGGCGGAUGGCGGAGUUCGAACUUGGUUUGAGGAAAAAGGUGUGAUUUGUGUGGAACCGAUUAAGGAUGGAAAAACAUUGACUACUGAACAGGUGAGAUUUGGGGGGAUCAAAAUUAAGUUUUAGAGCUGAAAAUUAGAAUUCGAAUCCGAAUUUUCUAUUUAAAAAGUUGAAUUUAUCAAUUUAUCAGAAAAAAAUCACAAAAAUCAAAUAUCUUCUAAAAUUAGUCUGAAAAUUCUUUUGAAUUCUUCAAUAAAAUUUCAAAAAAAAAAUACUUUUAUGGGAUGAUUUUCUGAGUAUUAAGCUGAAGCUCUUAAAAUAUUGAUCCAAAAAAUUUGUUUUAUAAAUUUUGAUUUUUGAAGUUCCAAUUAAAAUGUUUUCAAAAACAUCUCCCCCAAACUUCCCGCCAUAAAAUCCCCUUUUUCUUUUCCAGAUGGAAGAAGUUGGAAUCGAAAACGAUUGCGAAGAAGUGUCUCUAGUCGAAGAAGACGGCGGUCAAAAAUUCGAAUUCCUCUGCGAAGCCCAAAAAUUGAAUUCCAUCGAAUCUGGUUUGAGUUCAACUGGCUACACUGUAGUCUCAGCUGACAUCGAAUUCCGCGCAGUUCAUCCAAUCGAAUUACCACCCACGGAAUCGGCGAAAAUCGAGAAGUUUUAUGAGAUUUUACAAGAAGAUGAACAAGUUCGAAAUAUUUUUGAUAAUGUUGCAGAAUCCGAAUAA